AAUUGUGGGAGGAGGGCCCAGGUCCCACUGGAGACGCUCUUGGUGUCGGGACCCCGGGAACCAGCCCUCCACCUGGCCAGAGGGACACUGGGUUGUGGCGUUUCUCCAGCCUCCCCUGCUGGGGCCUAUAGUUGCCCCUGACUCUGGGGACACCUAGCUCAGGCCUGCCUCAGUGGUCACAAGUCAGGGGGGCUACAAAUUUUUAACUAGACACAUUGAUCAUUAACGGGGGUUGGAAGGAGUCCACACACAGUCUCACUCUGGGGCACAGACCCACAGGACCUUGGGCGUCCUGCAGAGAUGAUGGGCCCCAGAGUCUGGUCCUCUGUGAGGCAGGGGCUGAGCAGGGGCCUGGCACGGAACAUAAGGGGGUUGGCCUCGGGGGAGGGGAGGAAGGUGGACAUCGCGGGCAUCUACCCCCCUGUGACCACCCCCUUCACUGCCACCGCAGAGGUGGACUAUGGGAAACUGGAGGAGAAUCUGCACAAACUGGGCACCCUCCCCUUCCGAGGCUUCCUGGUCCAGGGCUCCACCGGCGAGUUCCCCUUCCUGACCAGCAGCGAGCGCCUGGAGGUGGUGAGCCGCGCGCGCCAGGCCAUGCCCAAGGACAAGCUCCUGCUAGCCGGCUCCGGCUGCGAGUCCACUCAAGCCACGGUAGAGAUGACUGUCAGCAUGGCCCAGGUCGGGGCUGACGCGGCCCUCGUGGUGACCCCUUGCUACUAUCGUGGCCGCAUGAGCAGUGCAGCCCUCAUUCACCACUACACCAAGGUUGCUGACCUCUCCCCAAUCCCUGUGGUGCUGUACAGUGUCCCAGCCAACACGGGGCUGGACCUGCCUGUGGAUGCGGUGGUCACGCUCUCCCAGCACCCGAAUAUCGUGGGCAUGAAGGACAGCGGUGGUGAUGUGACCAGGAUUGGGCUGAUUGUUCACAAGACCAAGAGGCAGGAUUUCCAGGUGUUGGCUGGAUCAGCUGGCUUCCUGUUGGCGAGCUAUGCCUUGGGAGCUGUGGGGGGCGUGUGUGCCCUGGCCAAUGUCCUUGGGGCUCAGGUGUGCCAGCUGGAGCGACUCUGCCUCACGGGGCAAUGGGAAGAUGCCCAGAAGCUGCAGCACCGCCUCAUCGAGCCAAACGCCGCGGUGACCCGGCGCUUCGGGAUCCCAGGGCUGAAGAAAACGAUGGACUGGUUUGGCUACUACGGAGGCCCCUGCCGGUCCCCACUGCAGGAGCUGAGGCCCACGGAGGAGGAGGCACUGCGCGUGGAUUUCACCAGCAAUGGCUGGCUCUGAGGGCAAGCAGGGUCUAUGCGGGCCUGGGCCCAUCUCAGCCUCCCGCCUUGCACCUGCAGCCUAAAGAGGAGCGCGAGGGAUUGGGGUAGAGGCUCCCUACUUCCCCCCUCCAGGUAGCCUUCUACGAGGCAAGCCCAUGCACAGCUCCUGUUCUCACAGCCCCAUGACUGCUCACUUUGUAUCCUAAACUCUGUUUGUAGCCCCAGUCUUCCCAGUCUUUACCCUGGGAAGGAGCAAUUUCUUACCUGCUUUUCCACUGUGGAUGCUCUCCUAUGCCCCGAGGCACAUGAAGCAGGAGCCAGAGGGGAAGGGCAGAGGUGCAAGUGGCACAGUAAGGGACUUUGUUUUACUGAGGGGUGAUUACUUAGACCUGGGGCUACAAACCUGAGUCUAGCACAAUGCAGCUGGAAGCCAGGGCUGUGCCUAAGAACUCAAGUUCUGACUCCUUCCAGGGAAAGCAACAGGUUAGGAAAUCUGAUGAGGAAAGUGUCAAUGGUCUUUGAAAGCUGCCCCCCCCCCACCAGCUGCAUUCCAGCCACAGUGCCCUUUCUGAAUCUACUUUCAUUCAUCCCGUAUUGGUAUCUAUAGGCUUGAUUCUAACCGUGAGUACAUAGACAGCCCAGUGGCUUGUCAGAUUGGUAAAUAAUGACACCUGGUGGCUAAAUGUUACAUUCUCAACUAUUCUGGCCAACCCAGGUCUGAAACACUAGCGAAGGGGACUUGGCCUGAGACGAAGCUACCCUCUUGCCUGUAGGCACUCAGCUUUUAUAUCUUUUAUUAUUAGAUAUAAACACUUUUCCUUCUAUACCAUAGG